AAAAAAAAAAAAAAAAAAAAAAAGCCUCAAGCUUUUUUGAUAAAAUGUGUCCGGGAUGCCGGUAUAGGAUGACCCGGUAUUGCCCGAAAGGUCUUGCUUUGUUUAACCCAACCGUCAAAAAUAAUCAACAGCCUUGUCCUGAUCGGGUAGUCUUCUACUACACAGUAGAAAAAAGAAAAUGUGAACAAGUUUACCUAGAUCAGUUCUUAGGUUAAGCCGUCCCACUUCUCAAUCCACUCGCCCUGUGGGUUUCGAGUCGUGGUAGUCUUUUAGUUACCAUACCUACCUGAACAGCUGAAGGUACUUCUGUUCUCAAGAAACUCCCUAAGGAACCGACCUUCAUGCCAGCUGUUGCACUGUGUCCCCCUAAGGUACCCAGCUGCUAACUAGCAACCAAGCAACCAAGUAACCAAGUAACCGCCAACCCGGACGAUUCUGUUCCUCUCGUUUCUUCCGAAGCUCUCCCUUCCUUUUCUUCCUUUCCCACUCACACACCAGUCAGCAAGCUCAAUUUUUUUUCUCCUUCGACGAUUUGGACCAGCUCCUCCCUCCCAUCUUCUUUUCAUCAGUCAUCUUUGGUCUUUGUAACCAACGCCUCUCCCCUCCAUCUCACAUCCACGUCUAUCACAAUGGCCUCCGCUCGCGUUGUCGCCUCCAGGCUCGCCUCCUCCAUGGGCACCAAGGUCGCUCGACCUGCCAUGCGAGCUCAAUUGACCAGCGUUGCUGCUAAGCGAACCAUCAGCAAUGCUACUCCCUUCCAGGCCGUCAAGCGCCAGCAAGCCUCCAAGAUCCUGAGCGCCACUACCCGCCAGGUUUUCCAGCAGACUCCCCGCCGAGCUUACUCCUCUGAGAUCGCCCAGGCCAUGGUCGAGGUCUCCAAGAACUUGGGUAUGGGUUCCGCCGCCAUCGGUCUGACCGGUGCUGGUAUCGGUAUCGGUCUCGUCUUCGCUGCUCUCCUUAACGGUGUUGCCCGCAACCCCGCUCUCCGCGGCCAGCUCUUCUCUUACGCCAUUCUGGGUUUCGCUUUCGUCGAAGCCAUCGGUCUUUUCGACCUCAUGGUUGCUCUCAUGGCCAAGUUCACUUAAGCAACUUAACCUCCAUACUUACGGAGGCUGGGGUUCGCACUACGGUCUGGAACGUGUGAAUGAGCAAAUUCGGAGUGAGGGGUACACCGCGAUGGUUUCGUGCCUUCACCGUGUUCAAUAGGAGAACCAGCAUUAGAGUAAUUAGAGGUCCAUAGACUCCCGUGGAUAGGGGAAAAAACCUAGGGGAGGGUUUGCAUUGCAUUGAGGCAUGUAACGAUGGGAGAAAACUAAGGCCACCUCUGGUUGGCGUCUGUAAAAUACAACCAUCAUCUUCACCAGCAUCGCCGAGGCUUCCCUUUUUUUGUUUUGUUUCUUGUUUUUAUGCCUGAUGACGAGAAACGAAUUCGUGAACUGUCCCAGAUGGGCUAAUCAAGAAGAAAUUCCACUCACCAAUUAUCAUGAUAUUUUGCCUAUAUCGUGAUAUG